GUACCUUCGAAUAAUUGGAGAGAGUGUCGUUGCAUGUACCCUGUGGAAUGUCCACUGCUUGCUUCGACAUCAUACUUGUGCAUCGCCUGGACUUCGAAUUCACGGAAAACGGGAUAUGGAAGGUGAUAGAUGGAGUUGCGCAUAUAUUCUCAAUAGGCUUUCGUCUCUAUUAAAAGCAGAUGUUAAAUUUGGCAACGCAGUGACACUUUUGAUGAAUGAAAAUUUAAAAUUUUCGGAUGUUCUUGACCAAACGGGGAUUUUUGCAGAGGAGUUAAGGAAGACUGCGGAUGGACAAGUUUUUUGCCUUCGAACAGGAGACCAUCUAGGAGUGGGAGCGGGCUCAUAUAACGGCAUCAUGUUUGAUUUGGUUGCCAAACACGUCAAGGUAAAAGUGACGAGAGUGAGUUUUGUUCCCGAUACGACGACUUUGGCUCGAGUGACGCUUUUUGUUCGUGACGGAACAUUUAUGGGAGUAGAGAGCGAAAGAACGGAAUGGCGACUUAUUAUGGAUCAAGAAAUGAAGCUGGUUGACAAGCGGGAGACUGAGUUAACUGAAUUUGAUCCCGUUAUUAUUCCUGCAGGUGAACGUGUGGCCUUAUUCCUACAUACGACAAGUGGGAGCGGUGUUCUUUUUUACUCCGAGACGGAUGGUGUGAGGGCAAAUAUGGCAGCUGUGGAAGAAGAAAAUGAUCACAUAGGUAUCACGGUUGGGAAGAAAUCGGAGAACGUGAUGCCUUUUGUUGGUAUUCAGAAUCAGAAACGGUUGCUGAAGGGUAGCAUUACCUACACAUUACCCUCGCAGGCUGGGGGAUAUAGGAGUAGGCUGAGGAUAGUUUCCCACGAUAAUUCAACUUGCUUGCAACAGCAACAACAAAAUUUGUUGGGUAUUCCUGUGAUUGUGGCUGAAACUCGACCCGGAUUGAUAUUCGAUAUGAAUGAAGACGAUUAUCUUGUCUUCAUGGGUGAACAUUGUGAAUGGUUUCAUAAGGAUCUCAUAAGAAAUGCCUGCUUUACGGAAUCAUCGAAUUUAGAAGAACUGGAUUUGAUCCUUCAGAAAAUUCUUUGCAAAAGACGCAAGCCUCCAUGGGGGAUAUCGCGUCAAUAUUUGUGCUAUCGCCAACUUGUUUUUCACAAAAGGAUCCAGUCGAAUACUGAGACUGACCCAUCGCGUCCGUCUGUUGUCUGGUGGAUUUCUGAUCCCAUUACGAGUUCCUGCAUUGUAUCAGUGUGGCAAGUUAUCGCAAUGGCAGAUACUUCAUUUUUGUUGUUGUUGACAUCACAGGAUUUGUCUUUAUCUCAAUCUUCUAAUCAGGAAACUCUCUUGAGUCAGGGACAGGCCUUCUUCUACAUUGAUGAAUGGGCACGAAGUGUGAUCUUAUCAGGCAACACUGGACCCAAAGUGGUGAAACAAUUACAGGACAGCCUGUCUGAAAAUCAUCUUUAUUUGGCGUUUUCUUCUAUGGAUCUAGAAGCCAUGAAUGCCCCUGUGGCAGCUUUUCUUAAUCGGUUCACUGAGGAUAUUACUGUCAGGUCCGCAAGCGAUACAACUGCCCUAGUUUCUAUUCGUCCAGGCGCAUGUCUUCAGGAAUAUAUAUUUUUGAACGGCAUGGUGUUGAAAUGUUCUGCCGAAGGUGGGAAAACAACAACGCUUUCAAGGGCAACUUCUCUUACUUCUCAGAGGGAUGUUCGUGUGACUCAAAUGCCAUGUUUGCACAUACCGAAUGAAACGUCUGGCAAUUUGGCGUCCACGCUGACAGGAACAGGGGUGGUGGAGCAGAGCCAUCCAUCCCAUUUUUUUUUGGAAAUGGAAUUGCGAGAACUUUGCAUUAGCCAGGAUGUCAUACUGCACACCCAAUCAGAAUUUCUAGAUGUAUCCUGUCGUUGCGUCCGACAAAUUGCACAUGGUGGCUCUUUCCUUUGCACGGUUACCAAGCCCGUUUUUUGCGGAGAAAAAGUUCACGAAAUAGAGCUUCUUAUUGUGAGCUCAAAUCGUCACUCGGUUCAACUAAGCUUUCAGGAUGUAACUACGAAUUGGUUUCUCCGAGUUCCUUUGCCUCUUUUUAAGCAUUAUGAAAAUUUUUAUUUUUCUUCUUCGGAGACUGUUCAGUGUAUUCAUUUGCGUCUUCGUGUUUUUCCGCAGGCAAAACGGGCUUUUGCGUCGGUGAAUGGCGGGAUGUUUUAUGAGGUCAUUCCUGGUUAUGAUUGUCCUUCAGAGUUUCGGUUGGCUAUUUCUCUAUCGGGUAUUGCUUCUUCAGUGCAGUUCUUGCAUUGGCGAGUAUUUGAUAGGCAUUCACCAGUCAUUACGCGGGAGAUGCUGGAAACAAUAUGGAGUCGUUUAAGAGUGGGAUGUAUCUCUCCAAAUGUUUCUCAAUCUGUAGGGGUUUUGACACGUCAUUCACGAACACCUGCGAAUUUGGUUUCUUCACGUAAGAAAGAUGUGGGUCUUGUGUCUCAGAUAGAGGCCGCCAUGGUAUCUUAUGCUCGGCAACUUCUUGGAACCGUCAUUUUGAGUUUAAAAUCUCCAUGCUUACACAAAGGACUACAUAUAUUGUUACCAUUUACUCCAUUGCGUAGUGAUUUGAAUGCUUUGGAAGUUCUUGUUGGGGCAGAAAUGAAAAGAUCAUCUUUUUCUUUGCUUGCGUUUGCCUAUGCAUGCCUUGCAACCCCAACAGUGGCUCAGAGCCUGGAAGGAGUGGAGACAAGUGUCAAUAUUAUUUUUCUCUCUUUAAGCAAUGAAAAGGUUUUACCGUUUCUUUCUACUGCAUUUGGUCCAACGUUAACAUUGUUGCUCCUUCGUACUGCCACUGUUUAUACUCGAUCGAUUAGGCACAUGGCUCUUCGUUGUGUUCUUCAAUUACUCAAAACGGACCAAUGUGCUUUGCCCUCUCAUGAGGCUUUAUGUGCAUCUUUUGAUCCUCUAUUGGGAAUGAUGAAUGGACUAUGUUGGAAAGGCAGAACCUCAUCUGUUGUUGUACAGCUCGGUAUUUCACUAAUCUGCGAGUUGAUACGACGUUAUCAAUUAGAACGUUCAGCAUUAACACCUCCUGGAAAGAAGUCCACUGUCCCCUAUGCAAUAGCUGCCUCCACAAAAAUUGUGCUUGCCGCUAUUACAAGUAAUCCUCCAGUUCCAUUACCUGAUGCCUUUACAGAGGAACCUAAAGAGGCACAUCGUAUAGAAUACGAAUUGCGCACAAGUACUUCAUCUAAUGAGGGGAUGAGAUCUUGUUACGGUGUGUUUUCUGAAAAAUUUCGCUCUACCUUUGGAUCAAAACGAUUUGAAGUGGUUUUAAACCCUUCAAGAAGGGGAAACGUGGUUGUUGGAUGGGAUAUGAAUGCGGCGUUACCCGGAUCUCUUGUUUUCAAGCCAUCCCAAGGAGAAGAAAUGUCCCGAAGAAUCCGGUUGCCAUCUUGCGGGUAUUUUAUUGAUUGUAGCGGCAAAGUGUAUGUCUGCCUCAGUCAUAAAAAGGAGUCUCAGCCACUGAAGGCCAGAGCGAAAGGGGGAGACACCGUCAUUGUGAAGUGUCUGUAUCAUGAACAGACCGUUAUUAUAACUCUUCAACGCGGUGUGCGUAACGAAAGUGUAACCCGGUUUGAAACGUACCCCAAUGAAAUGUUGGCUCUUCCGGUGUUUUUUGCGGAGAGAGAAGAGGAUGCCACUUUUAAUGGAGAACAUCUCUCGGACGCUUCCACAGGCAUGGACAUUGCUCAGCUUUACAAUACAUUACAAGAAUUUCCGGAUCGUCUUGACACGGCGGUUAUUCCUCAGGGAUACGAUUUUUAUGCAGAGUUGGCUCAUUUUUGUCAAACGGUUAUGAGUUCAGAAAAAAUCUGUGCUUUGUUGGAAAACGACGCAGGUACUACGGUCCGUUCACACGAUUUGGCAAGUUUUCCACUUUUGUCAUCUUUUCUUGGUGCCGGUGCGUUUACUAACGAGAUUCCAUUGGAUCCUUUGAUUCCGUAUAUGAGACGACUCCAGGUCUUUGACGUACUAACUUCAGUCUUUUCUGCUGUGGUGGACCUCCGGCGAAAAACGGAGUUAUUUGAGCUUUGGAAAAAACUCAAAUUUCUCUGUUCUGCAGAGUCUUCUGAAAAAAUUCAGAAUGAGACGAUGCGCCCCUUCCGAAAUCGUCCAGGACUUAAGGCGAAUGUGAUUAUCCAUACAAUGCAAGCACGCCCCUCGAUGCGUCUUGGGCCUUAUCCGACUCUUAUGCGUUCCGUCUUUGGACAGCUAUUUGUGCAGCUUCAGAAAAGCCCCAUUUCUACCUUUUAUGCAUCACCUAUGUUUACUGUGAAGCUUGCAGGAUUUGGUUCUACAGAUGCUGGUGGACCAUAUCGUGAUAUUCUCUCGCAAAUAGCCACGGAAAUUAUGACCACACACCCUAAUGGUACAUUUCAGUUAAAUCCUCUUUUUGCUCAGUGUGGUCGUGGGGGGCAAUCUGCGGUGAUGCCUAACGUGUCUAUGGCUUUGAAUUCUCAGUCGUCUUUUAUGUUUGAAUUCUUUGGGAAGUUAAUUGCAUCGUGUUUUUUGACAAAAGAUCUUCUAGCGGUGGAGUUUCCACCGUUAUUUUGGAAGUGUUUACUCUCUGAGGAAACUACAAGCCAAGAUCUUCUUGCGAUUGAUCCUGAUAUAAUGCGUCAACUGACACCAGAGGACCUCAUGGAUCGUACAGCAGAUGAACUUGAAGAGAGAUUUCCGGGCAUUUUGGAAAGUUGGUCGACUUUUGUGACGGAAAAUUCUCAAAUGAACCUGGGAGCUGAGAUUCCACCCUCAACGAUCCGGUCUGCCAAGAUACUUGGAGAACAUAUUUCUACACUUGAACUUCAUAAAUACGAUGUUGCAAUAAGCUACACCCAGCGGGGCUUUGACGAGGUGGUUCCAUUAUACACACUUAAUGCUUUUCGUUGGCAGCAGGUUGAAUUAAUAAUAUGUGGAGCUCCGAAACUAUCGUACGAUGCAUUACGUGAAGUUUGUCAAGUAAGUUUACCUGCAAAUGAUGCACGGAUGUUUUUGGACGUUAUUGCAUCCAUGACAGAUGAAGAUCGAAUGCUGCUUUUGCGAUUUACAACGGGCCAAACACGGCUACCACUGAAGGAAGCCAUUAAAGUUCAACGGAAUGGAACACAUGACUCUCUCCCAACCAGUAGCACUUGUUUUUUUACGCUUCGUUUGCCUUCUUAUUCUUCUUAUGAAUCUAUGCGUGAAAAGAUUCUUUAUGCCAUUCGACAGUGCAAAGCGAUUGACACGGAUGGGCAGGCAAGGGAACAUAUUGUUUUAGACCAUUGA